AUUCUUCCUACAGGUGUGGAACAGCAUUGGACUUUCUCUUAUUGCCAUCACUAUUGCUUCUGCACUUCUGUUUUUGAGGCUCACAUUUGGAAAUAAAAGCACUUGGCUUUUUGCAGUAGGGCAAUAUCUUUGGGUGUACGUUGUUUACAUGCUUCGCCAAGCAUUAAACGAGCGAUGGAUGUUCCGAGCAAGUAAAAUUCCAAUUGCUACUCUAAUGCCCUUCUUAGUGAUAUUGUGGAUAAUAGGCGUUUCAUUUUUAGUUAUGACUGUAUUUCAAAGCUUACUGGUGUCCAAACUUACUAUAGUCAAAGCGCAACCUGUUGUCGAUUCAGCAACAGAUCUCAUAACCAAGAAAAAUGUUUUAGGAUGGACGGUGCCUGAAAUCGAAUUGCAAGAAGUUCUGAAAGACUCUGGUAUACCAGCAUAUGAAAAACUGUGGGACAAACUUGAGCCAGAAAUGACAACUGAAGACGUUUUGACUGAUAAAUAUAUCAAGCAAGUAGAAAAAGGAAAAGCUGCAAUCGUUCAUGGUCAGCUCAUCAUGCGAAAUGGCUUGAGUGAAUACUUUAAAGAACACGGAAAAUGCAACUUGCAUGUCUCUAGCAACGUCAUAUAUCCUUUUCCGUUAUUGGUUGCUUUAAGGAAAUCGCUAUCUAAAGAGUUUGUGGAAAAAUUCAAUGCUGGCCUGACCAGACUCAUAGCUGCCGACAUCAGUGGAAAGUGGUUCAAGCCAGUGUUUCAAGCAUCUAAUUUGUGCACAAGUUAUUCUGACAAUGAACUAAAGCCUUUAGAGCUGAAAAAUAUUUUGGGAGUAAUUGUUAUUUGGUGUUUUGGAAUAGCAACAUCCAUUUUAUGUUUUAUUGUAGAAAUUUGCUUCAACAAAAAAAUUCAAUAGAACUCUUCUGAGGACAAAAUAAAAAUAAUUAUAAGAGAAGAAAAACAUCUAUGAGCCGGUUAUAGUUUAUCGUGCAUGAAUCAUUAUCAUGUCGAAUGAACUAAAUCCUUUACAGUUUAAAAAUAUUUUGAGAUUAAUUGCUAUUUGGUGUUUCGAAAUCGCAACAUCCAUUUUAUGUUUCAUUGCAGAAAUUUUCUUCAACAAAAGAAUUCAAUUAAACUCUUUUCCUGACAAAGG